AUGUUAAGAUUUAAAAACAAAUUUAAAUUCGGAUCAUCUACUCCCACAUCAUCUUCAUCUUCAACUAAUACUACAACUCAUGAGAAAUCAGAAUCUCCCGAAUUCUCAACUUCUUCAACUUCAAAUUCUUCACCUCGAAAUUCAAUCGAUUCAAGAAGAACUAUUUCAGUUAAUAAUUUAACUGAUAAUGUUCUGAAAUUAUCGAUUGAUCAACAUUCAACCACGUCUUCUACUUCAACUACUCAUUCAAGUCAUAACAAUAAUAACAGUACUCAUGAUUCAAAUCAUUUAUCAGUGAAUAACGGCGCUUCUUCUACUAAAAGUGUUCAUAGUAGUAAAAAUGGAUCUUCAACUGCCAUUAACAAUUCUGAUAGCGUUAUUUCUUCAUCUGAUAUUCUGGAAUUAUCAAAUACAACCAUUACUUCAAAUCCAGGGUUAUUAACUGUUAAGAUUUAUAAUUCAAAUAAUAUUCAAUUACCUAUUCAAAUCAAUAAUAAUAAAAGAAUCUUACAUGCUUUAGCUAUAAAUUCAAAUAAUUCGGCUAUAAGUCAACAAUUAUUAAAGAAUUUAUCCACUUUAUCCACUGCCAAUGAUAUUGAUACCAGUGAAUAUUUAUCAGGUGGAAUUGCCACUAAUUUCUUACCUUCUAUUAUAACCAUUCCAUCUGAAAAUUUAGUGAAAUCUUUAUUAUAUUUAACUAUUGAAUUCGAAAAUAAUGUUAUCCUUAUUGAACCUCAAAAGGGGUCUGUUAAUCAAUCGACUUGGAAUCAAGUUGUUUCAUUCGAUGUUACCAAAUCAUCAUCAUCAUCAUCAUCAUCUAAUCAAUCACAAAAUCAAUCAUCACAAUCACCUCUGAAUUCAUCAUCUCAACAAGUUAACGGUAACACUGCUUCUAACUUCCUUAAUUUGAAUCUUUUCAUAAGAUUACCUAAUUCACUUAUCCCAGAAUCAGAAAAGGAAUCUAAAAAGCAUUUAUUUACAAAUUAUAAAUUAUCAUCUCCAAAAGAUGCUGUGGUAAAUUCAACUAAUAUUGGAGAUUUAUUAAUUGGUACCAUUAAAUUACCUUUAAAUUUAAAAUAUCAUACUAAACAAAUUCGUCUUAUGAAUCAUGAAUAUCUUAAAUUUGCCAACUUCAACUUGGGUCAUAAUCUUACUAAAGAAAUGGGAGAAAUCAUGCUUACAAUUGAAUUCAAACCAAUCUUAAAGACUCAUCUUUCGAUUGAAGAUUUUGAUUUAUUGAAAGUUAUUGGUAAAGGUUCAUUUGGGAAAGUUAUGCAAGUGGUUAAAAAGGAUACUAAACAAAUUUAUGCUUUGAAAACAUUAAGAAAACAACAUAUUGUAUCAAGAAUGGAAGUUACUCAUACUUUAGCAGAAAGAACCGUGUUAGCCAGAAUUAAUAAUCCAUUCAUUGUCCCAUUGAAAUUCUCUUUCCAAUCAGCUGAGAAAUUAUAUCUUGUAUUAUCAUUUAUAAAUGGGGGUGAAUUAUUUUAUCAUUUACAAAGAGAAGGGAAAUUUUCUAUGGAUAGAUCAAGAUUUUACAUUGCCGAAUUAUUAACGGCUUUAGAAAGUUUACAUGAUUUAAAUGUGAUUUAUCGUGAUUUAAAACCCGAAAAUAUCUUAUUAGAUUAUCAAGGGCAUAUUGCAUUAUGUGAUUUUGGUUUAUGUAAAUUGAAUAUGAGUAAUGAAGAUAAAACUUCAACUUUCUGUGGAACUCCAGAAUAUUUAGCUCCUGAAUUAUUAUUAAAUCAAGGAUAUACCAGAAGUGUGGAUUGGUGGACUUUAGGUACAUUAUUAUAUGAAAUGUUAACUGGAUUACCACCAUUUUAUGAUGAUGAUACCAAUACCAUGUAUAGAAAGAUUUUACAAAAUCCCUUAAAAUUCCCAUCAUUUUUAGAAGGUUCAGAUGCUCAAGAUUUAUUAAUUCAAUUAUUACAAAAGGAUCCAAAAUUAAGAUUAAACGAUGCUGAAAAGAUUAGAAAUCAUCGUUUCUUCAAGGAUAUCGAUUGGCAAAAAUUAUUAAAUAAAAGUUAUUUACCUCCUUUCAAACCAAAUGUGGAAAGUUUAUUAGAUACUUCAAAUUUCGAUCAAGAAUUUACAAAAGAGAAACCUCAAGAUUCAGUUGUGGAUGAUUUCUUGACUGAAAGUGUACAAAAACAAUUUGGUGGUUGGACUUAUAAUGGUGAAAAUGCCUUCGGUUAAGCCUUAUUCUUAUUAGCUUACUCUUAUAACUACUACAAUAUCUUCCAAUUAUGACAAAACUUGGUUAUGAUUUAUAG